AUGCAGGCAAGCGAAGAUCUCUCUUCGAACACGCACGCCAAUCCCCAUGGACAGCUGCCGUCGCGCGCAUCCUCACAUAUACACGUGCAAAAAAAGAAACUGACUCAGGAGGAAAUACAAGAACUGCAUCAAGAGCUCGAGACUGUCGAUCAUUUGCUGGACCUGGAAACUCUGUGCCACAAACUGCACACGAACCCGACGACCGGUUUGACGGAGGAACAGGCUCGUGACGUCUUUUUUCGAGACGGACCGAACGCCCUGUCCCCGCCCAAAAUUACUCCCGAAUAUCUCAAAUUCCUCAAGUGCAUGUUUCACGGAUUCGCCGCCUUGCUUUGGGUCUGUGCGAUCAUGUGCUUUAUUUUAUACGGCGUCACUCGCUUCGUCGAGGAGCCGGACGUCGGUAUCGCGUGGUUAGGAAUAAUCAUCGUUCUCAUAUGCAUAACCUCGGGUAUAUUUGCUUACAUGCAAGAGACGAAGACUUCGCGAGUGAUGGAGUCGUUCGAGAAGAUGAUACCCACUUUCGCGACGGUGAUUCGCGACGGUGUGAAGAAGCAAAUAGCCACGGAGGAGGUGGUCCUGGGCGACUUGAUAGAGAUUAAACUGGGUGACAAGAUACCAGCCGACAUGAGAAUAAUCGAAUGCCACGGGCUCAGGGUUGAAAACUCGAGCAUCACCGGCGAGAGCGAACCGGUGGCGCGCACGGAUUAUCCCACCGAUCGAAAUCCCGUAGAAUCCGCCAAUUUGGCGUUCUCCACGUCGUUCGCUGUGGCGGGCCACGGCAAGGGUAUUGCAAUCGCUACGGGCGAUCGCACGAUGAUAGGUCGUCUCGCCGGUCUCACUUCUCAACUCGUCAAAAUCGAAACGCCGAUCGCUAAGGAGAUCAGACAUUUCGUCGAGAUCAUCACAAUUGUCGCGCUCCUUUGCGGUCUGGUUUUCUUCGGAUUGUCGUUGCUGGUUGAACCGAACGUCGUAAUGGCGUUUAUAUAUCUGCUUGGAAUAAUCAUCGCCAAUGUGCCGGAAGUAUUGUUGGUGACUGUGACAACGGUGUUAACGUUGACAGCUCAGAGAAUGGCGGAGAAGAAUUGUCUGGUGAAGAAUCUGGAAGCGGUCGAGACUCUGGGCUCCGCGUCCACGAUCUGCUCCGACAAAACGGGCACUCUCACGCAGAACAAGAUGACCGUGGCCAAUCUGUGGUUCGGUCAUUCCAGAUACAAUUUUCCACCGGGCGCGAGAAUCGGCGUUGAGAAGGAUCUGCUGAUGGAAAAACCCGCUUUCAACACGAUGCUAAAAGUCGCUACUCUUUGUUUACGCGCCGAAUACGUUGCCGAGUCUCUCGCGCUGCCCAUUAACGAGCGCAAGGUGAUCGGCGACGCGUCCGAGACUGGCAUUCUCAAUUUUUGCGAGCACAUUCAUCCCACGCAGAGAUUUCGCGAUGCUUAUCCGAAGGUCGCCGAAAUCCCGUUCAGUUCCGUCAGCAAGUAUCACAUGUCGAUUCAUCGGGACGCCGAUGGCUACACGAUGAUAAUGAAAGGCGCUCCGGAAGUGAUAUUGGAUAAUUGCACGACGAUAUUGACGACGGAAGGCGAGAUAAAAGACAUGACCGCCAACGAUCACGCGAUAUCUCGUCGAGCCUGUUUGGAACUGGGUUAUCUCGGCGAACGCGUAAUAGCGUAUUGCGAUCUUCAUCUGCCCGCGAGACAAUACGGACCGGAUUACAAGUUCAAUAUCGAGACCUACAAUUUUCCUACGAAGGGAUACAGAUUCGUGGGACUGGUGAGUCUGCAAGAUCCACCGAGACCCGGUGUACUCGAGGCGGUACAGAAAUGUCGCAACGCCGGCAUCAAGGUGAUAAUGGUGACGGGAGAUCAUCCUGUGACAGCAAUGGCAAUCGCCAAGAAAGUUGGUAUCAUAAGCGAGAGCCAUCAGACUCGAUACGAGAGAACCAUCUUGCUGAAUAAAUCUUACACGCAGAUAACCGAAUCGCUCGCGGAAACCGGCGCGACAAUCGUAACCGGCAGCGAAUUGAGAAACAUGAGCGCGAACGAGCUGGACAACGUAAUACGUCGUUACGAGGAGAUAGUUUUCGCGAGAACAUCGCCGCAACAAAAACUGUUGAUUGUUGAGAGCUGUCAACGACUGGGCGAGAUCGUGGCCGUGACCGGCGACGGUGUAAACGAUUCGCCGGCGUUGCGCAAGGCCGACAUAGGCGUCGCGAUGGGCAUCGCCGGUUCGGACGUGGCCAAGAACGCGGCGGAUAUGAUACUCAUGGACGACAACUUCGCCUCGAUUGUGACCGGCGUCGAGGAGGGCCGCAUAAUAUUCGACAAUCUAAAAAAAUCAAUUGCGUACACGUUAACGUCUAGCGUGCCAGAGAUGAUACCGAUGUUGAGCAGUCUGGUGUUUGGAAUUCCUUUACCUCUGGUCAUCGAAUUGGUCAUCUGCAUCGACGUGGGCACCGAUCUGGUUCCCGCCAUCGCUCUGGCUUAUGAGAAAGCCGAGUCGGACAUAAUGCGCCGAGCGCCAAGAAAUCCUCAGUACGACAAACUGGUGAACAAACGUCUGAUAUCCGUUACUUACGGACAAAUAGGAAUGACGCAAUCGUUUGCCGGUUUCUACACCUACUUCAUGGUGCUCAUGAUGAACGGGUUCAUGCCCAAAGAUCUGAUAGGUUUGCGAAGAGACUGGGAGAAUCCGUCCAUCAACGAUCUUCAAGAUUCUUGGGGACAAACGUGGAGUUACGAGAACAGAAAGAAUCUAUUGAUGGAAGCGCAGAGCGGAUACUUCCUUUCCAUUGUUAUCACGCAAAUGAUAGAUCUGGUUAUGUGCAAAACCAGACGCAAUUCGAUCUUUCAACAAGGAAUGACCAACUGGAUGGUCAACUUCUCAUUCAUCUUCGAAGCGGUUCUAACGGGCAUUUUACUCUACAUUCCGAGCACCGAAUACGUGCUAAAAACUAUGCCGCUGAAAGCUUAUUGGUACUGGCCCUGCUUGCCGCUUGGACUGUUUCUUUGGGUUUACGAUGAACUCAGACGUUUGUGCAUUCGUUACUUUCCAGGUGGAUUUAUGGAAAGGGAAACGUAUUAUUGAAACGUUGCCUAUCCAAUAUUUUCCCUGAUUUCAUCACGUUGAAAAAGAUUUGUCCAAUAUGCACCAAUUGCACGUUAUCAGUAAGUUUUUUACACGUGUUUCUCUGCACGGAAUUUAUUUUACACAUGUAUUAUCGCGAUUGUAGCGUUAGAUCAUAGAGAUCAUUCAUGUUAGAUUACAGAUUGUGAAAAAAUUUCAAAGUUUCUUCUUCUCUUUCUUCUUCUUAUUCAUAAUUGUUGAUAAUAAAAAUUUUG